AAAUAAUAUGGCCGACAUGGGAAACUUGUGGGAAGAUUUACGUAAACAGGCAAGACAGCUAGAAAAUGAAAUUGAUUUGAAAUUAGUUUCCUUUAGUAAACUAGGAACUAGUUAUUCCUCACACACAGAUUAUGGAAGUGAGUCCUCUCCCUUGAUUCAGCGAUCCAGCAGUGAACACAUGUUUGACACCAUGGCAAUGGAGAUUGAACAACUACUGUCUAAGCUUCAGGAGACAAAUGACAGAAUGGCAGAUUACACCCAGAACAUUGGAACCAAUUCUCCGAGUGCUGCCCUCCUCCACACCCUACAGAGACACCGUGAUAUUCUCCAGGACUACUCCCAUGAAUUCCAGAAAACCAAGUCCAAUAUCACCACCCUCAGGGAGAGGGAAGAUCUUCUGGGCUCUGUUCACAGAGACAUCAAUGCAUACAAAAAUUCCUCUGGUCUGAACAGAAGAACAGAUCUUUACCUGAAGGAAAAUGAACACAUAAGAAGCUCUGAUCGACUCAUUGAUGAUCAGAUAAGUGUUGCUAUAGCCACAAAAGAAAACUUGCAAUCUCAGAAGAGGAUGUUGGGGGGAAUUACACAGAGAAUGAAUUCAUUAGCCAAUCGUUUUCCUGUCAUCAACAACUUAAUGCAAAAAAUCAACCUGCGUAAGCGGAGAGACACCAUCAUCUUGGCUAGUGUGAUAGCCAUAUGUACCAUCUUAUUAAUGUUGUAUGCUUUCCAUUGAUCAUUUCACUGUGAUACUGUGUGCAUUUGUAUGAGAGAGGGGGGGAGGGAGAAAGAGAGAGUGGGAAGAAAGAGGAGCUAUUGUGACAGUUGAAAAAGAGAUUGUGUGACUCAGGACUGUGAUGAAUUAUUAAUUUAACAUAAUCAGUUCUUACAUUGAAUUUCCAGAAUGGGUUCUAUAAGUUUUCAUCUGAGUAGAUUGUCUAUGUACAUAAAAUGUAUAAUUGAAUACACAUUUGUUUUUGAAAUGUAGCUUUAUAUGUACAUCUACAUGUAGUUUAUAGUACCUACAUGGAUGUAAAUUGUUUUUCUAUGAAAAAAAUCCAGAUAUUUUCAAGUUACUGUAAACCAACUUUUAUUUGCAACGAUUUUAUUUCACAGUUUACUAGUUUGCGAUGA